UUAUGUCACUGUCACUCAGUGUGGAUGGUUAGGUUAUAUUUUUAUGUUAGUUUAAUUAAAUUCUUACAAUAUAUUACAGUAAAUUUUAUACACCAUGAAUAGGCAAUUGUUGCAAACAUUUAAUCCACUUACUGUGCUGUCACGUUCGAAGGGAUAUAAGGCUCCAGGUGGAAUACGAUAUCCUGGUGGUAUAGUUUAUUAUCCUAGAAAUCCUGAAACAUACACUGACCCUGAAUAUACACCAUCAAAAUUGUUCAGAGUAGAAAGAAUCAAAACUUCUAAACACUUCCCUUGGUGGCAGAAGAAAAUUUUAGAUGAAUUGAAAAUCAAUGAAAAGAAUCGAGUCACUGUUGUCAAAAAUAUUCCUGAGAUUAAUAUGAGGUUGUGGAAAGUGAAGCAUCUUAUUAAAGUGACUCCUAUAACCUUCCCAUAUGGAGAACCAACAGAAGAAGAUAUAAACUAUACAGUACUCAAGGAAAAUGGACAGUGUCUAGUUACAAAAACAUUAAAGCCACAAGAAAGCCAGAUAGAAGCAUUGGAUAAAUUUGACAUGGAUGCUAAAAAGAUGGACUCAACUACAAUCAAAAAGGAUUCAAGAGAAAAAUGGAAUAUUGGUUUUUCUGGUGGAUUUUAGAUAUAUUUACAAAAUUAAUUAGUAAUGUAGAUUAAAUAAAUGUAUUUAAUUUCA